UCUAAUAACUGCUUAUAGGGAUAAAGGGGUGAUAGAUCAAAGCUAGUUAUCAGUAUAAAAGUCGAUAAAAUUAAAAGAAUGAGACAUUUUUUGUGUAAAGCUUACGAUUCUUUGCAUAUUGACCUAUUUUCGACAAAAUUUACAUUCUGGCGUUUGGCACAGCCCCAAAUUGUCGUUCUUGUGUUCAGUUUGUCUCUUCUUCAUCAUAAAUCAAAUAUGAUCGGACAGUUUGUGACCUGCACAAGUUUGAUCCAUUUACAAAUAGAUUUGAGUGAAUAAGUCGAAAAAGGCUAUGUAAAAAAAGUCUUAAUACAGAUGUUUUCAUUAAUGAAUCGGAGGCCUCUCAUUCUGUGAAAAAUGUCCAUGGUCCAGGGGCUUCCGCCCACCUACACAGAAUCCAAGUUGCUAAGUAAGGGGGGAAAUGCAAGCUCAUCAGAUGUUCACAGUUCAGUGGAAUCAAUGGGAACUAUAAACAUACAAGAAAUUAACGAUGCCCAGUAUGAAGAGGAAAAGAAAAAGAUCUAUGGACACCCUCUCUUUCCACUGAUGGAACUCCUGUUUGUGAAAUGUGAACAGGCUUCCCAGACUCCAGACUGCCCAAGCUCGGAUAGCUUUGAUGUGGACAUUCAAACAUUUGUGCAGAGGCAGGAAAAAGAAAGAAAAGCUUUCUUUAGUGAUGAUUCAGAAUUGGACAAUUUGAUGGUGAAAUCUAUACAAGUCUUAAGGAUUCAUUUAUUAGAACUUGAAAAAGUGAAUGAGUUGUGUAAGGAUUUCUGUAACAGAUACAUAAACUGUCUAAAAGGCAAACUACAGAGUGAACAGUUACUACGUGUAGACACAGACUUUGAUGACUUCAGUGAACAUGGCUGCUCCCCGCCCCUAAGCGGAGGUCAGGGGUCAGGGACAGCAGGUGUGGUGACCAGUACUGGAAUGGUGAUUCAGCAGCCAUCAGCUUCAAUGGCCACCUUAAAUCAGGUUUAUCAGAUGGUGCAAACCCCUCAAGGACUGGUGGCUCAGCCUAUUCAGAUACAAAGCACACCAUUACAGGCUCCUAUAGUGUCAAGUCCAGUUAUCCAAGGAAAUCCCUCGCUGAGUCAACUAGGACUAGUCAACAACCCUGCUGCUCAAUCUGCCUUGGAUUCUGAUGACGACGAUCCGUUAGGAAAGAAGAAGAGCAAAAGAGGAGUACUGCCUAAACAAGCCACUCAGGUCAUGAAGUCAUGGCUUUUUCAACACAUUGUGCACCCAUAUCCUACAGAAGAUGAAAAGCGACAAAUUGCAAGUCAGACGAAUCUAACAUUAUUACAAGUCAAUAAUUGGUUUAUAAAUGCCAGAAGAAGAAUUUUACAGCCCAUGUUAGAUGCCAGUAAUCCAGAACCUACAAAAAAGGCCAAGUCUAAACCCCAGAACCGCCCCUUACAGAGGUUCUGGCCGGAGAGUAUAGCCAACAUCCAGCCUCAGUUACCGGCGGGGAUACAGGCGGCUGUCAAGUCCGAGGCAGUUACCUCUGUCACUGACUCGAUACAAACACAGCCAAUCGUCAUACCUAUUGUUACUGUCCCGACCCAUGGUGAACAAGAUGAUGGUCAAGAUGGAAAGGAGGACCAGGAAAGUAUUACAGUGACCAUCAACAGGGAGGCGACAGAUUCCUCGUCCAGCGAGACUGACCCACACUGACAAGACGUGGGAAGAGCUCACAUGCUGCCAAAGGACAAGAGUUUGGUCCAACAGCUAUGUACUGGGUAGAAAUACAUGGGUUAAAUAAGCUGCUGACAAGUAAACACAAAGAGAAAUGCUACUGUAAAAACAGGGGUUUAAUUUUGAUUUCAAAUUGUUGUAAAUUUUUUUUUUAAAAAUUGAUACUCUGUGACAAGUGAAAAUGAAAAAAAGAAUGAAAAGCUGUAUCUUCCACAACUUUGUUUUAAAUUUAUGGCUUUAGAAUCUGUCCAUUGUUUGAAUGCAGGUGGAAACAUACAUUACAAUACAUGGUGUUUUCAAGUCUGUGCCAAAGUCAUUGUCCUAUUUUAAAGAAUGUGUCCUCGGAGUUGUUAUUCUGCAUAGCAGAACGGAUUCUUGUUCAUGUAUUUCACAUAUUCAACUUCAGAGUUGUGUCAGUCUUUUGUUGCUAUCAUUUUGCUUUAGUUUAAGAAUGAAAAAUGGUAGAUCUGUUGUAAAAAUGUAUGAAAACAGUACAAUAGUCAAGGAAACAGGAAGUAUUCAU